AGCCACUUCCACAACCACCUGCAGAAGGACAGGCGAGACUUCCAAUCUUCCUGGAAGCAAAAGAGAUGAUUCUACCAGCAGUACUCCUGUGUCUUGCAGCUGUGCUGUCUCCAUCUGCUGGAGAGGACCUCAGCUAUGUACCUCUACCUUUACUCACAGCCUCAUCCUCUCAACAGAUACCUGAAGCUUCCCUUCUUCUGUCAACCAACAGAACAGAUCAACAGAAGCUGAUUGUUGACAAACACAAUGCCCUCAGGAGAAGAGUCAGCCCACCUGCCAGGAACAUGUUGAGAAUGGAAUGGAGUCCUCAGGCUGCAGUUAAUGCUCAGAACUGGGCAAAUCAAUGUUCUUUAAGUCACAGCCCUCCAAACCAGAGGGAAAUCGGUCAACCAUGUGGUGAAAAUCUCUACAUGUCGACUGCCCCUUCCUCCUGGUCAGAUUCCAUUCAGGCUUGGUUCGAUGAGGAGAAAGAUUUCAAAUAUGGAUCUGGAGCAACAACAGCAAAUGCUGUGAUUGGCCAUUACACUCAGUUAGUUUGGUACAAUUCUUACCAAGUUGGAUGUGCAGUCGCCUACUGUCCUGAAAGGACAUUCAAGUACUUUUAUGUGUGCCAUUACUGCCCUGCAGGGAAUAUAAUAGGUUCAAUUGAAACACCCUACAAAGAAGGACAACCCUGUGGUGACUGCCCUAGUGCUUGUGACAAUGGAUUAUGCACCAAUCCUUGCAAGUAUCGUGAUGUUUACUCCAACUGUCCUGAAAUGGCAAAGGCAUAUGGAUGUGAACAUAGCUUUAUCAAGACAAACUGCCUUGCCUCCUGCAGAUGCCUAAGUGAAAUAAUAUGAUCAACUCCUCCCUUCGCAGACAUCCAUCUCCUUUAGUAAUUUCUUUCACAGAAACAGUCCACCCUACCUUUCCCAUACAUGCAUGAAGACUGAACUUUGUCCAGUGAUACUCAUAAGGAAGACCUUAAGGUCAAUGCUUGUAUUUUAUUCACAUAACGCUGUGGAAGUGUAGUGGAGGUGUUAAGUGAAAUUUAGCACUUGGGUAUUGGACAUACACAGCGAUCAGCUUCUCACACCUUUCUUUUCCCAAACUGUUGUCUAAGAAGUUAAAUGUGUAACUAAUUAAAUGUCUGUUCCAGAAAGUUCCAUACGUUUCAUAUGUUCUUAGUGUAGUAAUGUAACUAAUCUUAACCUGACAAAUUUUGUAAACUAUGGUACUGUUAACUGGACAAGAAGAUAAGUGGGAUUACCUGAACAAAUGUAAUUCUCAAAAAUGAAAAUAAAAAUUAGGAGAGCAGAGGAUUUCCACCAGA